GGAGUGGGUGAAGCUGAGUUAGCACUUUGCCAACUCCUCUGCAUUAUCACCGCUUUGCCCGGCGGCGCUAAGGAUCGAAGUCAACAAUGGACGAAACACACCCGACGACAACGGCAACGGUAGAACCCUCCUCUGCAUCGGCGUACCUUAAUCCUUCCUACUGGGAUGAGAGGUUUUCGAAGGAGGAGAAAUAUGAAUGGUUCAAAGAAUAUUCUCAUUUUCGUCACAUCAUUCAACCCCAUCUCACACCCAAUUCCUCUGUCCUCGAGCUUGGAUGUGGAAACUCACAAAUGUGUGAUGGCUUGUAUAACGAUGGCACAACCAACAUAACUUGCAUUGACCUUUCUCAUGUUGCUGUUCACAACAUGCAAAAUCGUUUACUUUCUCAAGGAUUCAAAGACAUAAAAGUGAUGCAAGCGGAUAUGCUAGAGCUACCUUUUGACGAUGAGUGUUUUGAUUUGGUUAUCGAGAAAGGAACUAUGGAUGUAUUGUUCGUGGAUAGUGGUGACCCAUGGAAUCCAAAGCCGGAAACUAUGUCCAAGGUCAUGUCCACAUUGAAAGGUGUUCAUAGGGUUUUGAAACCAGAUGGCAUAUUUAUCUCAAUAACUUUUGGCCAGCCACAUUUCAGACGCCCUAUAUUUAAUGCACCGGAUUUCAGCUGGUCUGUUGAGUGGACAACUUUUGGUGAAACUUUUCACUAUUUUGUGUAUGUUCUAAAGAAGGGACAGAGGUCAUCGCAUGAAGAUAUACCACCUGUUAAGAGGAUUGAAGUGCCGCAUUUUAAUCUGUUCCAUGAGGAGUUAGAAAGUGAAGAUUUUGCUUUUCGAAUCAAUGUUGAUGAGUUGAACUCUUAGACAGUAUGUAUGAAAUUUUGUUACUAAUUUUAAAUACUUUACUUUGCUACAAUUUGACCCAUUUACUCUGAAGGAGGUAUGCUAUUGUCUUAAUUGUUAAUUUUAGGUAUACUGAUGUAGCAAAGUAGCAAUUCUAGUUCUAGUUUGUUGAAAACUAAGUGAAAAUAUGUUCAAAUUGCUAUAUGGAAAAGUUUUAUUAUGUUUGGUAUCA